UUUUGUUUUUUUUUUGGUGGCAAAAAUUAAGCUCCUCCCAUUUUAGAAUUUGUUUACUUUUGUCUAACUUAUACAACAGUGUAUACAACGGAAAAACGGACAAUUUUUCAACAAGAGUGCAUUACAUCAUUUUUCAUUUUGUGAUUUGUUUGUGUGUUUUAAAAGAUCAUUGUGGAAUAUUGUUUUUUUGCUGCGAUUGAAAUUGGAUUUUCAAGAAAAAAAUAACGAUGAAAAAAAUACCAACCGAUACUUUGGUGGAUAUCGAAAUAUUUCAAAAUGAUUUAAAAGAUAUUGAUCAGGAAUUUAUUCCAAGCAUCAUUUCUAUUUUUAAAAUGACCAAUACAAACAAGGAAAUCAGUUUUCUAUUUAUGACCGAUGAUGCUACCUAUGCAUAUGGUAAAGAAAUAUGCAAAUGGCUAUCGUUAAAACAUGAUCCCAAACGACCACAACAAAUUAACAUUUUAAAUGGCAAGAAAAUUAUUCAAAUCGAUUCAUGUUACAGAUUUGUUGUCGUUCUAACUGAUGAUGGACUAGUGUAUCUAGCUAGUUGUGAUUCAAGAUGGAAAACGAACAAUACUUUUCGAUUGAUUUCCACCGGAGAUGAUCGUUUUCAAAUGAUAGCAUGUGGAGAAAAUCAUUUGUUAUUGUUACGACAAGAUGGCACUGUUUUCGCUUUGGGAAAUAAUUGUUUUUGUCAAUUGACUGGUAAUUCAAGUUCAUCGUAUGAUACUGUCGUGAACACUGGUUUGAAUAAUGUCAAAAUGAUAGCUUGUGGAGCGGGCCAUAGUCUUGCUCUCACCAAUACGAAUCAAAUUUAUUCUUGGGGCUGGAAUGACUAUGGACAGUUAGGUCUAGGGGAUAGAAAUAAUCGAAGAACACCUUCAUUGAUUUCAUUUCCUGAUGGUUCGAUUGAUAGUCCAAUCAAAGAUAUUGUGGCCGGCUACGGGCAUUCUUUAUUUUUAUUGGAGGAUGGUCAAAUUUUUGGAUGUGGUUAUGGUCAAAACCCUAUUAAUGAGGAAGAUGCAAAUGUACCAACAAAAAUACCUGUUGAAAAUGUGCAAAGUGUUGCUUGUAUGAAUAAUUGUGCUAUUUCAUUGGCUUUGGAUCAGACAUCACAUUAUUAUGUAUGGUGUAGAGUAAAAAAGAAAUUUUUACCGCCCAUAAAAUUGGAUAAUCGACCGAGAUCAUUCGCUGCUGCAUCAGUAAUUUUAUACAAAUCACCAUUCACUUAUGGCUUAACAUCAACCAUCUAUGUGUUUGAUUUGUAUGAUCCGAUAUCAUUCAUUCAAUUAUUGGAUAAUCCGAAUAAUUAUGAUGUUGAAUUUGUAAUCGGCAACAAACGUAUAUUGGCUUCAAAGUGUUAUCUAAAAAUGGCAUCAAAAUACUAUAAACGAAUGUUUUCCGGUGAUUGGAAGGAAAAUAAACAAGUAACCAUCAAAGAUUAUGGUUAUGAUGUAUAUUACUCGUAUCUAGUAAUGUUACAUAAUGGUCGUAUCCGUAUCAAUAAAGACAAUAUAGCCGAACUUAUUGAUUUGGCCAAAUGUUAUGGUGAUGAACGAUUAAUAAAACAUUGUCAAACAUUUCAUACGAACAAACAAUUUCAAUGACAAUACUUGUUUUUUCACUUAUUUUUCAAUUGAUUAUCAAAUAUAAACUUUGAAAAAAACAAAACAAAACACA